UUAAAAAAAAUUUUUUGGUAGGAAUGAGUGCAAAGUACUUAUAGCAGUUUUUUUGCUUCCUGGGAACCCUGUCGUAAAGAUAUAUGUCAAAACAAAAUUGACAACAGGAUUCCAAAUUUUAUGUAAUAAUUUGGUUUUUUAUUGGCCAAAUUUUAGCGUUUAAUAUGUCUUUAAUACGUCAAGCAUUACGACGGGCGACACAGAAUGUGCAAUGGGUGCGCACUAUGUCAUUGGGUUCUCGCGAUGCUCCGUACAUUGACGUUGACGCAGCUUUAGCUAAACCUGAAGAAAUCGAAGAAAAGAAAAAAUUGAGUAGUACUAUAACCGUACCAGAGAAGGUGGAUAUUAGUCCCAUUACAGGUGUGCCUGAAGAACAUGUUAAGACGCGCCGUGUCUGCAUACAUGUACCAGCCAAAAAUGCUAUGCAAAGCGGUACCAACAACCUGAAUUACUGGAAAAUUGAAUUUGAUAAUCGUGAGCGUUGGGAAAAUCCACUAAUGGGCUGGACAUCUACCGGCGAUCCCUUAUCGAAUAUGCAAAUUGAGUUCGGCACAAAAGAGGAAGCAAUAGCACAUUGCGAAAAAAAUGGUUGGCGCUGGUUUAUAGGUGAAGAGGAUAAGCCAAAGAAAGAACGCGUUAAAAAUUAUGGUGUCAACUUUUCAUGGAAUAAACGUACACGCGUAUCUACUAAGUAACUACUUGAUUUAAAAAAGAAAUACUGCUGUAGCGAAAUAUAUCUUUUAAAAAACUAUUGAUUUGGAAAAUUGUGAACUAGAAAGUUAAAGCUACCAAUAUAAUAUAGCGAAAUAUUAAAAUAUAAUUUUAAUGAAA